AUGGCUAAAGAAGUAUUCAUGGCUACGCUAUUCGAAGCACUGCAAUGGUGGAUUCUGUGCCCCGUGUCUGCUGUUUUGCGACCGGAGAAUGUAGGAGCAUUGAUGUCUUGGCCUCUCACUGAGUUCUACAAGGCCACGACGCUGCUCAAAGAUCAUGGAUCUUGUCAGUAUCACAGAGAUGCCCUGGUAGCUCUGGCUGAAUUCACUGCCAGAAUGAAGCAGAUACGAUUGCCAGUUAUUCAGGAAGCACAGACGGCUGUUGCUAAGAGAGUGUGUAAGAACAGGUCGAUACUGCGCUCAAUAGUGAAGACCAUAGUCUUCCUUGGUAAGCAAAAUAUUCCUUUCAGAGGCCAUACAGAUGACAGCAAGUGGAUAGCUGAAACUUGUCAUAAUCCUGGAAAUUUCCAAGCCCUGCUUGACUUUCGACUUGAUUCUGGCAACAAAGAACUACAAGAACACUUCAUGUCUGCGCCAAAGAACGCGCUAUAUCGAUCAAAAACAAUCCAGAAUGACUUGAUUGAUAUCAUAGGCAACUGGAUCAGAGAGAAGAUUGUGUAUGAAGUCUCCAAAGGCAAGUAUUUUGCCGUACUAGCAGAUGAAGCAGCUGACUGUUCAAAUAUCGAGCAGUUGAGUCUGGUCAUCAGAUACGUUGAUGUUCAAUUUGAAUUGAAAGAAGAGUUUAUCGGAUUUUUUUCUUGUGAAGAGGGCAUCUCUGGUGAAGCCUUAGCCUCUUUGAUACUUGACACAAUAAGGCGAUAUGGGUUAGAUGCUGACUUCCUCAGAGGACAGGGUUACGAUGGUGCUGGGAACAUGGCCGGAAAUCUCAGGGGUGUCAAGGCUAAAAUUCAGGCAGAGUUUCCCAAGGCAGUGUAUGUACAUUGUGCAUCCCAUAAGCUUAAUUUGGUCAUUGUAGAAGCUUGUAAAAUACCAGCAGUAAGAAAUGCCAUGGGAGUUAUAACCAAAGUAGCUGACUUUUUUAAAUAUUCACCAAAGCGGCAGGCCUUCCUGGAGAAGAAAAUUUGUGAGCAAGGCCAGGAUCAGGCCCCAAGGAGAACGAAACUUCUAGGGCUUUGUAAAACGCGCUGGAUUCAAACACACGAUGCUCUAGAGAACUUUGACCAACUAUUUGCAACUCUCAUAGUAGUAUUUGAAGACAUCAAGGAUUCUUCUACUGGAUGGAACAGAGAAACCGUCACAGAUGCUACUACCCUUCUCCAUUGUAUAAGUCAGUUGAGUUUGUGA